AUGACUCGGUCAGGGGUAAUUCUCGUCCUCCUGGCCUUAAUAUUAACCUUCUCCAGUGCGUCUACUAUCGACUGGACAUUCUGGAACGACGAUGACGAUACUCCCGCGACUCCUUCGCCUAAAAAGUCGACCAAGACCCUGUCGACUGUUGCCCCAGAGGAGGCAACAACCGCGUCGUCCUUCGGAGACGCAGCAGCAACAGACCUGAAGCCUGUUCCUGGGUCAUUUAUCGAUCCGCCUCCACUCCCGAAGAAUUUCUCGGUCAUUAAGAUAACCGAAGCGAGGAGUACGACCACGUCGACGUACAAGAACUGGAUAGGCCCUCGCCCUGUCGCCCCCGACGCCGCUUGCUACCGCGAAUCGCACAUUAUGGACACCUGCCCCGACAACUUUGACCGGCACGAGGGCACCAACACUUGCUGGGCCAAGUGCCCGAUCGACUACCCUGUGGAGUGUGGAAUGGAGUGCAUCCGUCAGAACGACGACUGCAUGAUGGAGGUGCUGAACAAGGUGGGUGCUAUCGGCAACUCGGCUCUGGCCAUUGCUACGUUUGGUGUGUUCCAGAAGCUGUGGCACGUGGCGGAGAACGUGCGCUUCGCCUUCGACUGUGCGAACAUCAUGAUCGGUACGAUGAGGUCUAUCAUCCGUUAUGUGCGUAACAUCAAGACCACGGACCCCACGGCUUCGACAGACAAGAUUCUCAACAUUCUGUACCAGUCUCACAACGUGGUCACGGAUUUACCGAUGGCCAUCAUGCUGUGCACGCGCCACGACCCGCCUCGAGAGCUCGACGUGUCGGGCCGUGUGCUGUCGACCAUGAACUGGAUCCUGCUGAACGCCAUCGGCUACAAGGAGGACCUCGUAUCGAGCUGGGGCCGCUUCAAGGCCUUCCUCAUCGGCGCCAACUUCACGGAAGCCGCCAACUCCAUCAACGACACGGAGAUCGGGACGCUCAGCGACGCCUUCAAGACCAACUCCAGCUGCGCGUACGACUUGAGGUCCUUGACGGACCGCACGUGGCUGACUGUGAAGCAGCUGCGGAAGGACAACCCGGGCAUCUCGGAGGACGACCUCCGCUUGAAGAUGCAGAGGACGGAGCUGGUGGUGUCGGACAUCGCUCUGGUGACGAACAACUGCAUGCCGCAAUUUAUCGCCGAGUCGGACGUCGCCACGGCCUACAAGACGCGUGACAGCAUCCGCAAGGCCUUCAGCGGCAUGGUCAACGACCUGGUCUCAACGGGAAAAAGCAGGAACGGCAGUGACGAGGACGCCAAGAACUUCAUGUACCAAGCAGCGGGCAAGGUGAUGAUCUCCAUCGCAGUCACGGGGUUCGACAUGAUCGGUCUCAUGGGUCUGGUGGCCACGUACCUCCAGAAGAUCUGUGGGCCGACCAACUUCAUCGGAGAGAUCGACGACGGCACCCACCCGGACACUUUGGGCCUCAACAUGAUCCAGCGGGCGUUUAAGAACAGCACCAUGUCUUGGACGAGGAAAGGAGACGGCAAAGUCCUCGUCCGAUUCGCCAGCACCGACACAAAGAACGUCACAGUAAACAUCAUGUCCGGGGGCAACAAGAUCGACGAGGUGGACGUUGCUGCUGGCGGAACAGCCUCGUGGAACUCGACCAUUGAAAAACUUGGGGGCAAACCGUUGUAUAUGGAUCGUUGGCGGCCCGGCUUCUUGGGUCUUCCGGGCACAGGAGGUGGCUCAUUGCUGUUAUGGGUGCCUCAAGCGUCUGAAGGAGGCCACCUGGAGCUAGAUGCGAAGUUGAACGUGAGCUGA